AUGGUCUACUCAUGUGGCAGGCGCUUGCACUCAGCAUCUGAGACUUGGGACCUCGAGAACUACUACCUGUUGUACCGCUCAGCUUAUAACAAGCUAGCUGAAGAAGCUCUGGAGUAUUCUGCCACCCGGUGGCCAGUGCGCCCGAAGUGUCACUAUUUCGAACACCUAGUGUUCGACAUGCGUGGACUUGACGACCGUGCCUUUAAUGCCCGAUUUUUUUCGAACUACCAAUGCGAAGACUGGGUUCGCCGAUGCAAACAACUUGCGGUCCGAUCUCACCAGGCACAUCUCUCGGGACACGUCGUGCUCAAGUAUAUUCUCCAGUUCGCUUUGCAGUGGCGGUAA